GAUUUGUUUGUUUUCAAAAGAAGCUGCCCAGACUUGUACAACCUCUUGCAUUGCGCUGCUAUUGAGACCCAGACUUCUGGUUUUGGGCUCCAGUUCUGUUCUGUCGAAUGAUUGCUUUAGAGUACGACCGUCAGUCUAUGGUCUACAGGUUCAGGGAAAGGGGUCGUAGGAGCAUUGUGCAAUUGUUGGGAAUAAAGUGGCUCCAAAACCAGAAGUUGUGCUGAGACAGCGGCGGCAUGCUUUGUGCUAUUGACACAAUAAAAAACCAACACCAGCAAAGAGCUGUUGCAAAGUGAUGUUGGAAAAACCAACGCUUUGUGCGUCUUUCUGCAGUGCGAUUCGCAUUGUUAUGCGUGUGUUUGUCCCGAUAAUUUGGAAGGUUCCACAUUGGGCUCUGUUGGGCGCACUUAAUUUAAAGAUUGUCGGCUUCAGCGAUCUGCAGAAACAGGACGACACCAUGCCCUUGGAAAGUGGAUAUCUUAGAGACAUAACGACUGUGGUUACGUGUAGGCUAUUUGCAUUUUGUUCUGGGAGCUCGAGAUCGUGUUUUCCUUUAUAUCUGGUCGCACUAUCAGAACAAUCCCAAUUUCAAUCCCAAUACUCAAUCUCAUGGGCUUGGGGCUGUCGAUCCAAUUCUCGACAGACGACUGUGACUCAAUGCCCUAACUUCCAUCAACACGCUCUUUUCUAUGCUCAGCAAUUCUACUUGUGUCUGGUUGGAUUUCCAGCUUUAAUCUUCACCCUUUUGAAACUCCACCAUAUCAGAUUGUCAGCUAUUGCCUGUCCUGGUGUGGCGAUGAGUAACUUUUCAGAUUUAGUUAAGUUCUCCCCAAGAAAAACAUUGUUGUCCAUUUGCAAACCUGCAAAAUACAGUUUGAAUUUCAGCUAUCGCCAGCUGCUUAUAGUGGUCAAAACAGCUAAAGGAGUAUUGCCCCCAAGUCCAUUGGUUGGUUAUCUUCCAGAGCCCUGAGGCAUUCCACGUCCAUUGCAGGGCUUUAUUGUCAUGAAGUUAUUCUAAUAGAAUAUAAGAACAGCUAUUUUGUUUUUUACGACCCAAACGAUUCUACGCAAUUAUGCUCUUGGUAGGAAUAGAUUGGAUGCCAUUCUUGGAAUUGAACCCGCUAAUUAUAAUAUAUAUUAAUUAUUAAUUAUUAAAUAUGCAACAAAAUAUAAUAC